AUGAUGUUUGAUGAUAGAGAUCAUAUUAUGGAGCUGGCAUGGCGAAGAAUAAAAAAAGCUAGAGACACAGAAAGUAGCGAUAAAUGCAGAAUAUUUAAAACACCAAAAAUUAACUUCUCUGCUAAAGAGUACACCGAUAUUAUUAUGUUGCACGAAUGUCAGGAUUGUCAGGUUACAACACCGCCGGUUCUUCGGCAUAUUUUUACUGAAGACCUUCACAUCAUGGUAAAAGAUAAAAGCUUGGAUAUAUUUGACCUUCCCUGCCACACACAAUCUGUGGAAAGAUGUGUUAAACUGAUUACAGAGAUCUCGCAGAAUCUAACUGAUGAUACUUCUAGAGAUAGCUUUAUCAGAACCAGAUUGGAGUUUAGGACAGAAAUGCAAAAUUUGGGACUUAAAAAUAAGUUCAAAUUUUAA